GAAAACAGAGAGUGAGAGAGCAAACUCCAUUCUAAUGAAUUUAAAAUAUGUUCCCGCGCUGGCGGCUGCUGCGGUUGAUACAGUUCAAAUUCGCUGCACCACUCGGCAGCGCUGGCAGUUCCAAUGAAGAUUCGGUUGGCGAUUUGUGAUUGCUUUUUUUUGUUUUUGGCGGUAGACACGGUCUCAGAUUGGCGCAUCCGGCUGCUGACCGAUGAGAAUCGACUGUGUGCGGGGUGCCGGUCCGGUCAGUGACACAGCGACCAGUAAUUUAUCACAAUUCAAAUAUUAAUUGCCCGGAGGACUGUCACAUUCGAAAAGGAAGUUAUUACGUAACACGGGUGACCGUUUGGAGAGGGUUUUGGAGUGUUUAACUGAAGUGUUUGGCUAGGAGCUUCCGUGACCGUGUGAAACAAUCAGUGAUGUGUGCACAGAGUAAUUAAAUGGCAGGGCUUCCUUGUCGAGGGCAAAUUUAAGUGAAAAUAAAUUGAGUGAUCAUUAAUCUAAAUCAAAGUGUAGUGCGGCCAAUAACGUCGCCCAUAAAUUCCCGAUGCAGUCCGGAUUGAGAACAGCUGUUGGCAGAUGUGGGAAAAUGUUCGAUAAGUGCAGAGGCACGAUACUGUCGGCACUGGCGGUUGUGUGUAUCAACUUUACCGGAUCCAGAGCCUUCGAUGUCUACUGGAACAUUCCCACCUUCAUGUGCAAUCGAUACCAGAUGGACUUCUCCGGUGUUGGGUCAGCCUACGGUGUCAGUCAAAACAGCAACGAUUCAUUCCGUGGCAACGUAAUCUCCAUCCUGUACGAUCCGGGCAAGUUUCCGGCUUUGCUGGAACGAAGCUCAAACCGGGCGCUCUACAAGCGCAACGGAGGGGUGCCCCAGGAAGGGAACAUAACGGAACACUUGGAAAUUUUCCGAGCUCACAUCAGUGAACUGGUGACGGAUCCGCACUUUUCCGGUGUUGGCUGCAUCGAUUUCGAAUCCUGGCGUCCAAUUUUCCGACAGAAUUUCGGCUCACUGCAGCCCUACAAGGAUCUGUCGAUGAAAAUUGAGAAGGAGAGACAUCCUCUGUGGCCGGAAAAAUGGUUGGAAACCGAGGCCACCAAACGAUUCGAAUCAACAGGCCAGGACUUCAUGGCCCGAACGUUGGUGCUGGCAAAGCAACUGCGUCCUCAAGCAUCCUGGGGCUAUUAUGCCUUUCCGUAUUGUUUCAACAUGAACGGAGCAUCCAGCAGCCGGGAAGACUGCACGCCGGAAGUUCAUCGAGAAAAUGACCGCAUCCAGUGGCUGUUUGAUGGAUCGGACAUCAUUUUUCCGUCGGUAUAUCUGCGGGAAAAGCUUAGCCCCGGAGACCGCCAGAAGCUGGUACGGGGACGAGUGAAGGAAGCCGUUCGGGUUGCCCGGAGGGCAAACGUGCAGCCAAAACCCCGGGUGCUCACGUACAUCCGCUACGUCUACACGGAUAGCAUCAACUACUUGACGGAGUUGGACUGGAUCAACGCUCUGAACGCUAUGAAGCAGUACGGAUCGGAUGGAGUAAUUCUGUGGGGAAGUUCGUAUGAUCUCAACUCUAGAAAAAAGUGCAGCGACUUCAAAGCCUACUUGGAUCACACACUGGGCCCAAUUCUUCAGUCCUUGCAGCAGCGUUACUUUGUCGAAAGUCUUAAAGCGAAUGAUGAUCCACUGUGCUGAAUUUAGGCCGCGGACCACAAAACGAUCGACCAACCAGUAUUUCAUCGUCAAUGAAUGCCACACUUUGUGUUCGACAUUUUUUUUAUUAGUCUAGCGUUAAGUUGUUUUUAGAUACAUACAGUAAUACUAUUUAUUAGCAGCGAAAAUUUUAGAAAUAUAUUUUUAAAACAUAUAUGUUCCGACCAACUAGUUUACAGAAGAGGAUCUGUGUGUAUAAAACAUUUUCAGCCCACACUCUAGAAAAAAAAUGCUUGAAAACGGAUUCCCCAUUUGAUUUUUUCAUUGUGCUCUUCAAUCUCAUCAAGUACCUACAUCCUUAUCCGAAAUAGGAGUAUUUUCAUGUUCACUGAGCAAAUGAUUCAUACCAUGCUUGGUAGCAUACGCUUCAAAAAUGGGGAAAAAUCUGCAACGCAGUGGCAUAAAAGUGAUUCACUUGAGAAAACAGAACGAAUGUUUAUUAGACCGAAGUCUCAAUGAUACUUCUGCAUACGUGAGUUAAUUUGAAUUUCAAAUCAACUUGCUCAAAAAUUCAAAUAAAUAUCAAUGACGUGAAAUUCGAUAAAUGAAUAUAAAAUGCAGAAGGAGAGAGACACAAGGCAUCAAACUUUCAGGAUAAAUUUUGUGUGCGGAAUCAAACUUCUGGUGCCGAAACAUUCAGAUUGUUGCGAAAAGCCUUCGAUGAUAAUUGUAUGUCGCGAUCAACUGUUUUAGAUUGGUACAAGUUGUUCAAAGAGGAUCCAAAGCCAUCAACAUUUUCUUUUGUUUGAUUAUAGAAAAACUUUAGUGUUAUGCGUCAUUUAUUUAUUUAUUUGUGUUUUAUCAUCCGACUUAUCUCUUAAUGAUUUUCUAAAAACUGUUGACAGGGAAAAACCCGUUUGAGUUGGUGUACAAUGUACAAUUCUUAAAUAGGCACAAAACAUGUCUUUUUUCAAUAACUCACAUUCAAAAACAAUUCUAAAACAGUCAGAUACAAAUUACAUUGAAAAACUUAAACAAAUGAUAAAAUAAUUAGCCAGUAUAUAUGUGUGUAUAUGAAGAGUUAGAUCGUCAUAGAUUUCAUCGCAUUUCCUGUAUCAGUUCCUGUUCCUUGUGGAAAAGUCUGGCAGAUUCGUUGAACUCAAAUAAAUGAAAGAACUCGUUGAAAGAGGAACACAUUGACCGAAACGGGGAAUUUCUUUGAAACUCCAAUCUUUCUAUAAGCCGAUGAAA